GGGUGCGCGGCUUCUUCCUCUUGCUAGACAUGAGAGCAAGCAGGUUCACCUCAUCCGAGUUCACCUCGCCGGGCGCCGGGCAGCCUAGUCUCGUCCUCGUCGUGCCCUCCUCCCCGUUCCCUCGCCAUCGCCAAAAAGAAAUCCCUCUCGGCCUGGCUGCUACGCACCCCGUCCCCAACCCUCCUCCCCACCUCCAACCCUCUACUGGCUCAGCUGGGAGCGCAGACCCGUCCAGACUAGGAUUUGAUUUCUUCGGUUGCUUGCUGGUAGCUAAACCUGCGCCGAUGCAUUGACCGCAAGGGGGAUACGAAGAAUUCUCGGGGCGGGCUUGAGCUAUUGCCAUGGAGAUACUUAACAGUGUUUCCUUUAGCUCGAUCGGCGUCGGCAGAACCAGAAUAAACAAGGCAGUGAAGGUUCAGGUAGGAUCUCAAACACAACGAAUUGGCUGGAAGCUGACAAGGACAUGCUGUGAGUACUCUCCUGAUACUUACAGGAGGCAAGCGAAGUAUGAGCAACAACCACAGAACGUUGAUCUUCCAGAAUUACAGCCAAAAAACAAAAAGAAACCCUUUCCUGUUCCGAUUAAAAAGAUGUUGCAAGAUUCUCGGCGAGAUAAGAGGCUUGCACAAAUGCGGAUAGAGAAGCCUCUCGAAGCCCCAAAGAAUGGUUUGCUUGUGCCAGAGCUUGUUCCUGUUGCUUAUGACGUCCUUCAUAACUGGAAAGUGCUCAUCAGAGGACUCUCUCAACUUCUGAAUGUUGUUACGGUUUAUGGUUGCAGAAAGUGCCCUCAAGUCCAUGUUGGUCCGGUUGGCCACCAGAUCCAAGACUGCUAUGGCUCAGGAAGCCAGCGUCGGAACAGUCAUCACUCUUGGGCUAGAGGUUCCAUCAAUGAUGUUCUCAUCCCGAUCGAGUCUUACCAUCUUUUUGAUCCAUUUGGACGGAGAGUCAAGCAUGAGACCAGGUUUGAUUAUGACAGGAUUCCGGCAAUCGUUGAACUAUGCAUUCAGGCUGGCGUUGACUUACCGCAAUAUCCCUCAAGGCGACGGACUUCUCCUGUCAGAAUGAUAGGCAAGAAGGUGAUUGGCCGUGGCAAGUUUGUUGAUGAGCCCAAGCCACACCGGUCAGAAGACUGUGUAUCUCUGCUUGCUGAGCUUGACACAUUCAGCAACCAACAGGGCCAGUCACCUUCACCAUCCAAUGUGAAAGAUCUUGCAGAGAGGACACUGAAAGCAUACCUCACUGUCAGGCGAGGCGUCGAACAGCUGAUGAGCAAGUACACUGUGAAAGCAUGUGGUUACUGCUCUGAGGUCCAUGUUGGUCCAUGGGGCCACAAUGUCAAGCUGUGCGGGGCUUUCAAGCAUCAGUGGCGGGAUGGCAAGCACGGGUGGCAGGAUGCAGUGAUCGACGAGGUCAUCCCGCCUAACUACGUGUGGCAUAUCCCUGACCCCAGUGGCCCUCCUCCCAGAUCCUCUCUCAGGAGUUUCUAUGGCAAAGCUCCGGCUGUUGUAGAGCUGUGUGUGCAGGCUGGAGCUGCAAUACCAGACGAGUAUAGGCCGAUGAUGAGGACUGACAUUGUCGUCCCAGACUGUAAGGAAGCUCGAUGGGCUGCAUGAGAAGAACAUUCUACUUCUACCUGCGCCAUAGUAGAUUUCAACCAAAGAUGCCGUUUUCCAGGCAUGUUCUGGUGGUUGGGGCUGUUGGUCCUGUAACCAUAAAGUUCAGGGAGCAGAAAAUGCAGUCUGUAUAACAUAAGUAGUCGAGUAUCAUAGCUAAAUCAUGAUGGAUCAGAAUUUUAAAUAUUCGUUGAAAGGUUUAGCGCAUGAACCGAGGACGCACGAGAACAACCCUCAUUGCCUGAAAGUGAAAAAGGAUGGCCUCUGCAACAUGUAUGAUGUCCAUACCACCUUGUUUAAUGGCCACAGCUAGCUUUAUUCCUGUCUAUGCUAGACUGUGAGGCACUUGUAAUGCCUCAGGCGUUAUCAUACAGAUGGCCUCCCGUUUCUCUGCCGGUAGCAGGGUACCAUGCUUAAUUGUGAGCAAGUGCUUUGGAUUAAACUAAUCGCCGGCGGUUUGUUCGGGUAUUUGUGCGCCUGGUUGUAAUUAAUCAUUGGGUAAAGGCUGUGCGCUUGUGCCCGUCCCCAGAUCGACACUUUGGGCGUAUGGCGACAUGUAUAGUCCUACCAGAUCGUCGGCAUAUUGUGUUCUGCUUUUUGCUGUAUACUACUACUUUGUAACAUGCAUGUAGAGGCUACUUAUUCAGAUAGCCGUUCACUUACGAAAUGUUCUGAGCUGUUUAUCAAAUGGAUGGUGAGAAAUGAGCCAUGGAGAAAAGAUGCAUCCCUGUGUAGCCAGUUCUGUGA